CGUAAACAAAGCGAAAACAAAAGGUUCAUAACGUGCUGAUCAACAAACAGAGACAACAACAACAAGCAGAGCAAUGGUUUCAGUAGUUGGAUUUGGUGUUGAUGUUACACUGAAGAACAAGGGCUCGUUGAAAGGGAGAGUUGUUUCUGUUAAGGAUAAGGUGCUUACGCUGAACGAUGUUGUUAUCAACGGGAAGAGGACUGACUGUUUCACGGUGGCUGGGCCGGAGAUCAGAAACAUCAAGGUGACUGAGCUACCAUUGGAGUUGCAGAAGGGCAAGAAGAAGAAGACGAGCUCUGCGCCAUCUACGCAGGACGAGGUUGUGUUCUCCAGUGAAGCGAACAGCAACAGUAGAAAGAGCACCAAGAAUAAGAAGAGAAACGUAUACAGUAACGAUGGGGAGAUCAUGUGGGGAGAUGACGUUUCACAGAUCAAACUGGGGGACGAGUUUGAUUUUGCUGGAAGCACCGCUGACUUUGACAAGCGUCGUGCUCUGGAAGAGUUUGAACUGAACGAUACUGUUGACUCUGCUGAUAGGCUGGUGACUCAUAACAAGGUUAAGACGAAGUAUGGCCAUGACGAGAACGUUAUAGAGAACAAAGUGGACAAGUGGGACGACCAUAAGGCUGUAUCUACGGGAAUUGCAGCUACAUCGUCAUCAUCCAAUAAAGAGGCAUCUGCUGCUUUAUUGGCGAUGAUCCAACCACGCGCCUCAAGUGCUUCCUCGACUCCUAAGCCUUCAGCCACUCCUGCUGGCAGCAAGAGAUCACCAUCUCUGGAAACAAGAGGGUAUCAGUUGUUAUCCAAGAACAAGGAGCCUUUGCCCUUGGCCACUCCUGUUCAGUUGAUUGAGAUUGAAAGGCUCUGUUCUGAGAACUUUAAGGUGACCCCAACAAUCAUCACUGAAAAUGCCUCUAGAGGGAUUGCGAGCUUAGUAUUCAAGAUGCUCGGGGGAAGUUCCAGAAUAUCCAAGUCUAAUCACAAUCUACCACCAUUAGUGUUGCUCUUGGUGGGCAACAACAGAUCCGGUGCUAGAUCGUUAGCCACGGGACGCCAUUUGCUCAACCACGGUGUCAGAGUCAUUGCAUACACGUUAACGGACUUUAAAGCCACGGACGAGUUGGAUGACAUUGUCAAACAACAACUGGAGAUGUUUGAAGCGGUUGGAGGUAAACUAGCGUUUGCACUCACAGAACUGCUGACGAUAAUCACCAGUGUCGAGACGCCACCAGAGGUUGUUGUGGACGGACUACAGGGCUACGACACGAGUCUCGGAGACCUAUGGGGGUCUGAGCUAGACAACGCACAGCAUAUCAUAUCGUGGGUCAACGAACAGGCAAUUAAGGUGAUCUCACUAGACGUUCCCUCAGGAAUCGACGCAGGAUCAGGGUUGUUGUCCGAGAGAACCCCAAUAGAGGCCAGGUUUGUUGUGAGCACGGGACUACCGGUCAACGGGCUCGUCCUCUCCUACUCCAACCACGUUUCUCAAAAGGGCGACUGGACCCAUUACCUCGUUGACGUCGGUAUGCCACACAAGCUGUUCAAGCAGGGGAAACUACGUAAGUUCGACCGCAACUGGUUCGACGGCGAGUUCGUCGUCGAACUAGACGUCGUAGAGCAGUGAUGAACACAACCUCUACAGUUCUAUAGCACCUCAUUACCGCUUCCAUCACGC